AUGAACAACAACGGAACUUUUAACAGUGGUCCACCUGCUGCACUUAUGUCUUUUCCAUUUUCAAUGCCUAAUCCACCACAGCAUCCACCAUUAAUGGAACAGCCAUAUAUGAAUCAACCACCACAACAUUUUCAAUCACAUCCUCCUCAAUUUUAUAAUCCAAGACCAACAAUGCAAACACCAAAAUCUGAAAAACGUAAACAAGAAAUUUUAACUUGUGAUGCAUGUGGUAUUGAAGUUAAUUCACAACAAAUGAUGGAUGCACAUAUUCGAGGUCAAAAACAUAUUAAAAAAAUGAAACUUAAAACAGUAUCAACUGUUGCUCCAACAAUUACUCAAACAUCAAAUACAAUUGAUGUCGAACAAAAACCAGUAUGUUCGAUAGAACCAAUAACAAAUACAAUUGUGGAAUCCGCACCAGCUAGUGAACCAAAUCCGCCUUCAGCUCCCGUUGUUAAAACACCAUUAUCAAAUGAAAAAAGUGUUUUACAAUUAAUGAAUGAAUUAGCAAAAUUUAAUAAGGUAAAUGCUAAAUAUGAUUUAAUUAAAGAAACUGGUCCAGCACAUUGUAAACAAUUUGAAGUACGAUUAACUGUUGCUGAUGAAAGUUAUACAGGUAUUGGAACAAGUAUUAAACGCGCACAACAAAUUGCUGCUGAACAAGCAUUAGCAACGACUGCAUUAAAAAAACCUGAACUAUCACAGCGUAGUUCACAUUCAGUCCGAACACCACGUAGAGGUACUGGCCGAGAAAUGUAUUCAAAUGUUCGUCAUCAAUAUCCAAUACAACCAAUACGACAAAAAUCACAUUCAUCAACAGGACAACAAACAAUAACAAAUAAUGAAAAUUUAUUUCAAAAUUUAAUUAAUAAUAAAUGUGCCGAAAUAAUUGAAAAUGAAAAUACAAUUAACAUUUUACAUUGUUUUGUUGAAGACAUUGAACGAGCGUUAAAAACGGCAUCCGAUAAAAUUAUGGAACAAUGUAAAUUAAAUAAUAUUAGUGUUAUACCACAAUUACCAGAUAAUGUUAAAUUAAAUAAUACUGAACAACUUAAUGAAGAUCCAUGUGAAUCAUUCCGAAUGCUUAAAGGUGCUAUGAAAGUUUCAACAUUAGCAAUGCGACUUUUUCUUAAAAAUGAUUAUGAAUAUUCAUUAGUACUUAUAUGUGCUAAUAAACCAACUGUAACAUUACUUAAUGAAAUAUGUCAAGAAUUAACUAUUGGAUUAAAUGCCCAAGCUAUUGCAACUAUUCAAUUAGAUUCUAAUGAAGAACAAUCAAAACCAAUAACAUAUCAAGUACAAGCAAAUGUUAAUGAUGCAUGUCUUACUGUUCAAUGUAGUCUUUUACCUAAACAUACAAUUCGAAUUAUGUUAACGUCACCUGUAUUUCGUAGUGAAAAUUUUCUUAAUCUUGAUGAUAGUACACGUCAACAAAUAGCUGAAUUAAAUCCCGAUCCAAGCGAUAUGUUAGAUAAAAAUAAAUGUUUAGAAGCAGCUGCUGAAAUACGUCAUUCCAAUUGGUUUACUCGUUGUAUGCUUGAAAAUAAUUCAAAUUUGAUUAUCCUCCGUCUUUUACGAGAUUUACAAUAUAAUCAAACGCCCUUAUCAUCAUUCAAUCUUUGGUGUCUUGCUUUACUUGUUUAUAAAUGUCAAAAUCAACCACCAACUUCAUCAACUAAUCUUUUUCGUGCAGUAUUUGCUUGUUUAAGUAGUGGUAUACUUUUACCAAAUCAUAUUGGUCCUGGUAUAAUUGAUCCAUGUGAAAAAGAACUUGUUGAUGCUGCUGCUUAUUUAACACUAGAACAACGGUUAAAUAUAACAAGUUAUGCUCAGAAUAUACUUCGUUUAAUUAGUUUUGAAAAAUAUGAAACAAUAUUUCAUAUAAAAUCAAAUGAAACUGAACAAUUAUCAAUGAGUUCAACAUUAGGAGAUAACAAAAUGGAAUAA